GGAGCAGUGUGUUUCCUGCCUUGUUGGCAUGUAGGCCUCCUGUCAUGGAGACAGACGGAGAGAAGUUGAGAGUUUGUGAUUGGGGCGAGGCUCAUUUUGUUCGGUUCCCGUUCAGUGAUCCGACUCUCGGAUUCCCCGUAGCGAUCCGUCGGAGCGCUGCAAGUUAAUGUGGCGCUUUUUCAAGCGUUUCUUUUCGGCUCCAUGUUGAAGUUUUUUUUGUUUUUUUUUCCUGCCUCCACAGCAUAGCCUCUCACCGCCGCACACUCACACACACACACACACACACACACACACAGAGUACACACACAGACACACGCGUUGUCCUCGCCUGAUUUGCACUAGCGCGGGUCAUUCCAGGUUAAACCCUGGCGCUGUGUCCCGUUCAGUUUAGCCGUCGGAGAUCAACACUGGUUCCAGCUGAGGAGGAAUGCACAGACACCGGGACUUGAAAUAAUCUUCGGACUCCAGCUUCGUCUUGCAUAUGCGGUGUUUGUCUUGGGGAGCUGAGCGGCUCCUCAGCGCUGCCUGGAGUCAGACUUCACUACUUCCACCGCUUGGUAUGUACCCAGAUGUCUGAGGAGGCUCUGAGGAUGACGUCUUGGCCCUGAACCCCACCAGUAUGUCAGAGCCAGCAGAAAAUUGCUCCCCCCCCUGGAAAGAUGAGGCCAUUCAAAAUGGGGUAGGAUAUGAGCCAAGGACGAACCAAUUACAUCUUGAAGCAGGUAUGGGCAGAUCCAGGAUUUAAUUUUUUCCCUUUCUUUAAAAUGGCGAGAUAUUGCACCAGCCUUGGCAGAGGUGUGUGAAAGUCCCCUUCUAGUUUAUGCUGUUUCUAUCUUUAGUUUUUUUUUUUCAAUAUAUGGUGUGUGUUCAACCUAGUGCCAUUCUAGUUAUGUCUAGCAUUUACUUCCGGCAUCCUUCUCUGACCUUAAUUUGAACUUUUCUGGUUUUGUCUGCGUGUUGUGGUGUGUAAGUUUAAUUGAGGUUCAGUUCUAUCCGUCUCAGGAGAGAUCUCAUUAAAUAAUGUUUAGCCCCAAGAAAUAGCUGUGUGAUGAUUCAUUCCUCUCUCAGCAGUAGUUAAUUUACAGACUUCCUAUUGGGGUCAGUGAAGGGAACAAAAGCAAUUCUGAUGGACUGUUUGUGACAAUGACUAGAAGUUUAUGUCUAUGGCUAUCAAAACACUUUUUAAUACAUGAGCAAGACUUAUAGGGCACGCCGCACGCAUUUUAAAUAUAUAUUCUUUGCCUCAAACUAAAGAUUUGUAUAUUUCCUUGGAUGAUAAAAGAUGGGGCGCGGGGGCUUUUCACACACCAACCACUCAGCUCUGGUCUGAUUCACACACUUUAAAACGAUAUUUUAACAUUUUCUGCAAGCAGAAGAGCGACCAAAUGUGAAAUAAGCGUGUUGUCAACUUUGACAGGAGAUCCGAGGCAGGACAUAGGGAACUCAAAGUAAGAUGAACCUCAAACAAAAUAAAAACUAGGUUAAGUGGCUAAAGCAGAGACAGAAACAUAAAAUCCAGGAUCUGAAUAUGCAUAUAAGUAUGAAUAGUCAAAAAGGAUGAAUAAGGGGGCUGUCAUGAAUUGACCAUUUCAGGAGUCACUAGAGUUUACAGAAUAAACAUACAGUACAAUUGAGUAACAUCAUUUUAGUGGUUAGCUGGGAGGUGUUUUUCAUGAUGCUGCUGUGAGAGUGUUUCAUUUUGACUUGUUUAACCACCUGAUUCGAUCUUCCGUGAUGUUUAAUCCCAAAUCCAUCAGACACGCAAACUUGAUCACGGAUUUCUUCGGUCCUCUGUCUUUCUUCUGCGGCAUAACUCAUUCCAUGCUCCCUGUACUGAUUCCUUAUAUGCUCACAUUUAAAGCCCAUUAGUAAGAAAGCAUAUUUUGGUUGCAUUUCCUUUUUAAUGUUUAAUGUCAAUAAGGCAAAGGUUUUCAGACAAGGACCUUUUAAGUUUAGUGCUGUGCAGUCAAGGGCCUGGAGCUGCACUUGAACCUUGCCUCACUUAACUAUAACUGCCUAAAUCCCACUUGGCGGGUCAGGCAGUCCUUGUGUCUGAUGCACGAAUAUUUCACAGUAUGGAUUGCUCAGCAUACAGAUCAUGAUGCUGACUAGGAGGCAAGAGAUCAUUUACUGCACACUGUACAUACAAUGAUUUGAAUCACAAUUUUGGGUUGUGGGUAAUGUGAACAAAAAAACUGCAGUAUAUCUCAAAUAGAUUACUUCCUUCCAAAGUUCAGGAUAAUCCUCUCCAACUCUAACCUUUACCAAUUGGAGCCUUCUGCUGUUGCCCUUGAGCUUACCAUGCACUUUAAGGGGAAAGGUUCCGACUAAUGUGCCCUCCUCAGGUAACCCAGUGUAGCCGGGGACAUCUGACUCAGGGCAUCAUGUCAGUUAAGGGAAACGAGAUCCCUCACAUCCAGAAAUUGUUCAUGACCGGCUUUGAACCCCAAGUCCUAAAGUAAUCAAUCAGGGAGGGAAUAUAUCUGUGCAGAAGCCAACUGCAGGGCCACUGUGCUGAGGUGCCAUCGAUAGAGAAACUAUGUUCCUGUUUGCAUGGGCACAAAAUAGGAAGGUUUAUCUCGGCCGAUUGCCAGGACUGCCUGGAGGUAGCUGUUGGACCGUAUAUAUGUGGUUAUUUACUCAGCAUGAUUUCACACAGGAAAUGUGGAAUAUUCUUCUGGAAAUACUUUUCCAAUUUUUUUUAUUAGAUCAGGUAAGAAAAAAAAAACAUCUGAGAAAUCCCAAAAAAUUAAGGUAAGUAAAGAAAGACAAUUUUAAAUGUUUAAAUUAAAUAAUUGUUUUAGUACAUGGAAUAGCAUAUAUAUAAUAGACUAUAAAAUUAGCUCAAUACUAACUCAUUAUGAUCAAGCCUAUUUAUAUAAUGAAUGUGUACUUACUGUAGCUUUUUAAAUCAUGAAUAACCUGCUCAAUACGGAAAUGCUUGAUAGGUGUAUACAUGUAUAUCAACACCUUUUACAUGAUCUUUUACAUUGUCUCUAAAUUAGCAUGUUCUAAAUCAAAAUCUUUUUGUACCGUACAUGCUUAUUAGCAAAACCAUUCGUUUUUUAGCUGACUUUGCAAAAAAUUCUAAACGUAUUCAAUGUUUUCAUUUUCAUCAAGUCACAAUAAAAUAAAUAGAAAUAGAAUUGUCUUGAUUGUUACGACCAGCAGACUAAUGAUACAUCGCACAAAAGCUCCCGAGGCGAACCUGCAGGUGUUAACUCUGUCCAGUCAGACAACAGAUUGCUUCAGCAUUGAGAUUCGUUACACUCUGUCUGUCUGACGCUUAACAGUUUGUUCACAGUUGUUUAAGAAACUCCAAACAAGAUUAGUCCAAGUAAAGGACGUCACCUCAAAAAAAAGUUAAACUGGUAUCAAGGCCUCUUUACAAGCAGAUUUGCCUCAUCGGGCCAGCCUCUUACCAGCUGCUGCAUGUUGAUCACAUCUACUUGUCACACACUCACACUCAUGAAUAGAUGGAGUCAGUAAUCCCUUGUUAAGCCUUUUUAACAGUUCAUCCAGACAGAUAGUAUACAUUGAUCAUUUAUGAAUUCUUAGGUUUGUACAGUUUUAAAAUAAGAGGACUAAGAAUUAUUUUUGACUUUUUUUAUUAGUGAGAUUUAAAUGUCUGUCGGAUGCUGUGAUUUCAGAUUCAGAUUCUGUGAGUUUGCGCUUGACUAGAAAAAACGGUUUUCACCAAGAUCUUGAUGUUUAUAAUUGAGUCAUUAUUAUGAGUUUAAAAGAAAAACAGUUUAAACAAGUGAAAAGAUUCAUUGCAUCACUCAUGCAUAAAAGGAUCUUAUACAUUCACGCCCCUCGCCUAACAAGUUAACACGACGCUGUUACACCCCAUCAGUGUCAGGAAGAUCCUUCCGUUUCAAACCUGGUGUCUGCGACCACAUUGUCCCGCUGUGCAUCAAAUGUAGUGUUUUUACCAUAAACGGCAGUAAUCGGUUUGCCAGAGCUGAAGAGCAGAGUGACGCAGAUGGAAUCAGCUACAACAACAAGGAUUGUGUCUGAGACUACGGCAAAAAUUAAAAGAAGCGUCAAAGAGAAGGGUCAAAGAAAUGUUCCAGAUAAAAACAGAAACUCAGCAUUCAGAGGAAGAAUUACAAUCUAAAAAGUAUCAGCAUGCACCAACAAUGUUUGUUAUAAAUCACUGUCCUUCUUUAUGGAGUGAUUAAUUAUUUUUGAAUUCCUCAUAGUUCAAUAUUUGUGCUUAAGAAUGAGCAAGCACCCAAAACAUCAAAUGAAACAGAUGAAAUAGAAUAACGCUAUUAAUGAAAUACUUUAUGAAAUUCUGGUAAAUAAAUAACAAAUCCGACUCACUGUCUUUCCUGGAGCAAAAUACGAUGCAGGGAUGACCUCAGUAAACACAAACAAGCCGUGAGGAGACUGACGAUCAAGGUUUAUCUUACAUCGAGAUUCUUUGUGUUGGUGAACGGCUCACCUGCCUCAACAUGAAAUGUGUGAUUCAGUUAUACGAUAUGUCUCCAUUAAUAUUUAGCUGUAAAUAUAAUGACUUGAUCUGCUUUUUAUGUGAGGAUAUUCAAUCUUUGCAAUGGUUGUUACAGACAUGUCUGGGUGUAUAAUAAUAUGAACAACAUAUCCUGAUAUAGGUCAUUUCAUAUGCAAUGCACACCCCAGUGUAGAAUAUUUUCUGUAAUUUCAAUGAAUUAUAAACUAAUAUAUAAAAUAUAAAGGUAUAUCAACAGUUAAAUUAUAGACUUGUAUUUAUUAUAUAGACAAAUGAAAGGUACCUACUCAGUUUUGACAAUAUUUUGUAUUUUAUUUGGGACCUUUGUGCAAACUUUUGAUUUAUUGUGUAACAAAAUGUUAAAUAUUAAUAUAAAGUGUGCAAAUAGGAAUAUGGAAAAAAGUGAAUAUGGUUAAAAAUAUCAAAACAUAAAUUAAUCUAACAGCAGAAUAAGGGCUUAUUCAGACACGAGCGCCUCAUUUUGUCUUGGAGGGCUGGACUAUUUCUCCUGCUCAGAGUUACCACAUUGUCAAAUUAAUUCUUCUCCGUGUUUGUUGGUCUUGCUUCCGUGCAAUUUUCUUGCCAGCAUGAAUAAACAAUACAUUAUAUAUUUAUAUAAUUUCUAAUCAUCACACAAUAUGUAUUGUCAUAUCGCUCAGAAUCUACAUGGAAGUAUUUUACAUGAAAACAGCUGUUUACCCAAAUUUAACAUUUAAAAUAAAUUAAGCCGUUCAGUAUAUUAUUGUGAAAAUAGCUAGUGUACUUGUUAGUACAAACCUAGGUAUGAGCUUCUUGCUAUAGAAAAUAUUCACAAUACACAAUACUUGGUAUUUACACGUCUGAACAGGCCUGAAUGAUAUAAAUAAAUAAUAACAACAAUACUAGCAGUUAUUUUAACAGUACUCAGCAAAGCUUUUGCUAGCAUGUGAAAAGCUGAGUACUCAGGAUUAGGCAAGAUCAUUUUUAAAUGUAUCAUAUAUAUUAUAUGUACUGUAAAAAAAAUCGGGGAUUUCAGGAAUAAUGUCCUGAUUUUUAUGAGAAUAAAGACAUAAAAUUAUUAGAAUAUUCAUAAUUGAGACAAAAGUCCUGAGCAGGUGAGUUCCGCUCCUUCUGCAUCCAAAACCUUGAACUGUCUAAUUCUUACAAAACCCCUUUGACCAGCACACGGAUCGAACCAACAUUUCCUCCACCACAGAAGAGGCAACUUCCUCCAAGUCAUUUCUUUCUCUAAAAGACUAAUUUUCUCUCACAAUCUGAAACUAAUGUGGAUGCAAUAAUUUUGUGCUGAUUGUAUAGUAUGUUGUUAUUUGUGAGAAUUGUUCUUAAGUAGAACUUAACACUCAACACAAUAAUUGCUCCAUUGUACUGCAGAUGAUUCUGUUUUUCUGAUAUUCCCCUUCUAACAUAGCAUGAAGCCUAAAAUGAUCUAUCGUUGGUAUUUAUAAAGCAUUGUUCUAAGUUAUCAUUAAUUUCAACCAAAUUCUUGUACAAUUAUGACUUAAUCUCGUAAUAUUUCGACUAUAUUCUUGAUAGUUCAUAUAUUUGUUUUCCUUUUAAGUGGCCCUGAUACCUAAUGUGUAUAUAUGUAUAUAUAGUUUUUUUAGCUUUACAUAGUGGCAGAUGUAUGUCUUCAAAAACACAUUCAUGACUUAGUUUUAAAUGAAUUGGGAAACCAUGGACUUCUAGGGUUAUAAUUGACUAUCCAACAAUGCUUCACGAGUCAGUAGCCCUUUUGUUUGAUUUUGUUCCGUAUUUUUUAGAUCUUUGCAGAAACUCUGCGUGCUUCAUGGUACACGAAUGUAUCUCUGUCAUGCAGAUCCCACAUCUAAUGAGAUUAAAAAGUCAGAAUUGUCACUUCAACGUGUCGGAUGACACGUUUAAGUCGCUUUAAGUGUCAUAAUAUAUCAGGACACGUAAUCUGUUUUUCUGGCUUGUGGUCUCUAGGUUUCCACCUGUAUUACAGGAUUAUCACAACCUGUGUUGAAUAUGACCUUAACAGGCAGUAAAUGAUACUGGAUAAAUAUGGCAAAUAAUAUUGAUUUUGCACAGCUAAGGUCAAAUAUAUAUCGUCUCCAACCAUAGAAAAUGUUUUUUUCAAACGUGAUCUAUAUUUUAUUAUUCACAAAGCUCAGAAUUGUCAACAAAAUAGGAAAAAGCAGAAAAGAAUAAUACCAGGUUAAGGUGAAAUUAAAAGGUAUAAUUAAUUUACAUAGUGACACAUGUAAAGUAUAAAAGUAAUGUUAUUUAUUGUAAAAAAAAAAGCUCUCUUGUUAGUUCAAGUAUUCAAACUAUGUAAUUUCACUUAUACUCUGUUCAUAUUUUCAAGCUUUUGGGGGAACCUAACAACGAAUUUUAUUCAAAUUCAAAAACAAUAUGGAAGACUAAUUUAGGAUGUGAUAAGUGAAUAGGGUUGCUUUGACACCUCUAAGGCUAAAACUAAGAAGAAGCUUUAACUCUAAUGCGGCGGGGGGUCUCCAACAUCCCCAAUUGUCAAACUGUAUGGAGUGAGAUGAGGAACUCCAAUGUAUUUGUAAAUCAUCUUGAACAAAACUUAAAAAUGUGUCAACUUUUGCAGUCAAAUGUACAUCAGAGGCCUGAUUAUCUGUAUUUCUCUAUAAUCCUGUAUACACCAAGAGUAUUGAUCGUGCGCUGCAAGAGUGCAGACUGACUGCGAUUCAGGGAGUUCAGAUCAGUGCAAGCAGCAGGGAUCUAAAGCCAAAACUGCACGCGUCUUUACUCAGACUUUACCAUGUGUUCGUGCAUUCACAUGUCUCCAUGUUGGUAACCCACCUUCUUGUGGUAUGUGUUGUAGUACUUAGUCUGGCAGUUUGGUAAGAAGAUAAAAGACAUCUGCGUGAUCAGAUCUUAACUUAAAAACUGUAAACAAACAAGAAUCGAAGCGACAGACGAAUAAAAACAGAUCUUAUUCUGGAUGUUUUUCUUGAAUAGCCGGCAGGUAUAUGUAAUAGUUUUACUGAAAGUAAAUAAUUAAUUAUGUUUAGGUAGUCCUCUAUGUUAUUUUAAUUUUUUUGAGCUUCUGUGAUCAAUUUGGAGCUCCCUCCUUGUGUCUCAGAAUAGAAAAACUAAAUAAUGCCACAAAAGCCGCUACUCUCGACGGGAAGUAAAUUGAGUUCAACAGAUAUUGAGUGUCUGUAUUCUAGGUGCAAAGUAAAAAGGCGUGUUUUUAUUUACUCUUUAUUAAGAAUCUUAGUAUAUAAUAGCAUAGUUAAUAUCAUGGUUGGUCAUUCAAAUGAAACUGUAAUGGUCUAGCUUUGAAUUAAUCUUUACGAAAACAGGUAAUAUGAAAUGAAAUGUGGAAAGUAUGCUAGAUAGGGCUUUACAUAAAAUGUAAGGAUUUGUCUCUUAAUUCUAACAGAACACUAUAUAUUCAAAAUAUCAGAGAAAGUACUUGUAUGAAUAAAAAGUAAAAGUAAACAGCACAUUUUCACAAAGAAGAUAAAUUAGAUUGUUGUUGUUGCAAUGAAUUCUGCAUUAAUAGUCAUCAUUUUAAAUCAACAACCUGUCAACGAAGAUGUUCCUUUUGGAUUCUUAAAGGUUGUGCGUCAUUAUGUGUGUUUGUUUGUUUGUGUUUACAUCGGCAGCAGCAGUAGCAUUCCUAGGAAGCACUUGGUAGAACAACGUGUAAUAGUGAACUAUAAAGAACAGUAAAAUUAUUAAAGAAGUCAUAAUGAAUCGAAACAGAUAGACAUCAUCGCCAUAAGGCUUAUCCCAUCUUUAUAGAACAGGAGGCCUAAUCAAUAUGGCUGAGUCGGUGUAUUAUCUAAAACAGAUCACGCAAUGUCUCAAUCAAUGCAUUGCGCAUGUGUCUUAUAUUUUGGGGAAACAAAAUAUAGAUUUCUUUGCGAAUUACAACCUGUCUUAUUUUAGGCUGAAAAGUGUCAUUACCACGCAAAUUAUGAAAUAUAUUUUUAUAAGAAAUAAUGUGAUAUAAAGUUAAUCAAUCUUAAAAAAAUACAUUUUUAGAAAAAUAUUUGAUAAAACCAUUGUUGUUGUUAAUGCUUUUAAAAUUUAAUUCUGAGUUGUACAUUUUGAUGUUCAUGAAAUACAUAUAAUGGUAUGCAUCAUACAAACGAUUGUAAAAAUUGUUUUAUUUUGUUCAUUUGAUUUGUCCAGUAAUCUAAUCUAAAGUUAUUUUGGUUAUUGUUCCUUUAGAAGGUCUUACCUCAUCUCAGGAAUUCGUAUAUUUAAAAUGAAGUCAAGUUUUCCGUCCUUCCCCGCUUGCUGUCUGUGCCUUAGCUUUGCCGUGUCGUAUAGAGCUUAAAUACAUAUUACAGUCUUAACUGUAAGAAGUAAGGGUUAUGUGUGUAUGUCAAACUCCUUGAAAUCUUCUUAGUGUCAUAACGUUCACUAAAUAGUGAUCUAAGCAAGCUUGUUUACGGAUUCUGUGUGAAAUACCGACAGGAUAAGCACAGGGCUUUAUACACAAAGGUUAGGGGGUUAAGUAAGAUACCAGGGGUGCUAGAACUAAGGAUUUUUAGAUGAUAUAAAGUGCCAUUACUUAUUUUUCAUCUCUUUAUCAAGUGUUUUUUGGAACUUUGCUGUCCAAGGAGUUGUUCUUCCACUUGAGGGCAUGUUAUUAACAACACGCGAGGUCUUAAUCUGUGACAUCACCAGUGUCUGUGGCACAUCUAGGAUUUGUGGAGCAGAAGAUUAGAGCUCCACGUCGUCAUAAACCUCUGCUCCUCAAUUCAGCCGGAUGGUGGCAGGUGGGACAGUUGCUAGGUGUCGUCCGUGGUCUUUGGAUUUCGUGGACAAAUGCUAGUGCGUCUACGUAGAGUAAAGUUCUUCGCGAUUAUUUUUUUUUUACCGUAAGCUUCAAACUGUCACUCAGGUGGCUUGAUGCUCUACAUCUGACUCUGUCUCCUUUUUUGUGAGAAAGACUUUACCCAGAACUUUUUAUGCUGCUCUUCUGUGGCUCUCCAUGAUGAACUACUGCAUACCAGACAUGUAUGAGAUGCCUCAUGUUGGCAUGGGAGGCUACACGAUGCAGGGCAGUGGGGAACACUGCAUGUACUCAGGUGAGGGGCCCGGGUAUGGCCACUUUGAGCCCCAGCCCCUGCACCAUCCGCCCUGCAUGGAGCAGACUUGGCCCAGCCAGCACUACUCUUGCUCUUACACUGGUGGCUCGCCUGUUUUUAAGAACGAGUAUUGCAGCAUGGAGAUCCCUCUUAGUCACUGCCACCAUCAGCCUGAGUACUUUCCUGAGAUCAAACCCGACUUCUCGCACCUACAGUGGAUGCAGGGUGCUCACAGAAAAGGGUACAUACCAAGUUACCUGGACAAGGAUGAGCUAUGUGUAGUGUGCGGGGACAAAGCCACAGGCUACCACUAUCGCUGCAUUACCUGUGAAGGUUGCAAGGGUUUCUUCAGGCGGACGAUCCAGAAGAAUCUCAACCCGACCUAUGCCUGCAAGUAUGAGGGGAAAUGUGUCAUCGACAAAGUGACCAGGAAUCAGUGCCAGGAAUGUCGCUUCAAGAAGUGCAUUGUGGUGGGAAUGGCGACCGACUUGGUGUUGAACGACAGCAAGCGGUUGGCCAAGCGCAAGCUAAUCGAGGAGAACCGGGAGCGCCGUCGGAAGGAGGAGCUGCAGAAGACGGUGUGGGACCGACUGGAGCCCACCCAGGAGGAGUGGGACGUCAUCCGUAUGGUGACUGACGCCCAUAUGUCCACGAAUGCCCAGGGCAACCACUGGAAGCAGAAGCGGAAAUUCCUGAGUGCAGCGGGGGUGAAGGAAGAUAAGCCUGAGGAAAUUGGUCAAGCGUCCAUGGCAAAUACACCUGAAGGAAACAAAGUGGAUAUAGAAGCCUUCAGUCAGUUUACAAAAAUUAUCACCCCUGCCAUAACCCGAGUGGUGGACUUUGCCAAAAAACUGCCUAUGUUUUGUGAGCUGCCUUGUGAAGACCAGAUCAUCCUGUUGAAAGGCUGUUGCAUGGAGAUCAUGUCGCUGCGAGCGGCAGUUCGCUAUGAUCCUGAGAGCGAGACUCUCACGCUGAACGGGGAGAUGGCGGUCACACGGGGUCAGCUUAAGAACGGAGGCCUGGGCGUGGUCUCAGACGCCAUCUUCGACCUCGGCGUGUCGCUGUCCUCCUUUAACUUGGACGACUCUGAGGUUGCUCUUCUUCAGGCGGUCAUCCUGCUUUCAUCCGAUCGGCCAGGCCUGAGUAGUGUGGAGCGGAUCGAGCGCUGCCAAGAGGAGUUCCUGCUGGCCUUUGAACAUUACAUCAACUACCGCAAACACAAAUUGGCACAUUUCUGGCCCAAGCUGCUAAUGAAGGUGACGGACCUGCGGAUGAUCGGCGCCUGCCACGCCAGCCGAUUCCUCCACAUGAAAGUGGAGUGUCCCACCGAGCUAUUCCCUCCUCUCUUCCUGGAGGUCUUCGAGGACUGACCAAUGGAUUAGCGUGUAUGUAUGUGCGUGUGUGUGUGUGUGUGUGUGUUGGUGUGUGUGUGUGUGUGUGUGUGUGUGUGUGUGUGUGUGUGUGUGUGUGUGUGUGUGUGUGUGUGUGUGUGUGUGUGCGUGUGUGCGCGCAUCCGUCAGCGUCUGGGCACCCUGGUGGUCUCAGUGGUGUAACCAGCCGAAUGGCCGUCACAUUGAACUUUCUAUUAGCACUACUGAGUGUCACUUCAUUCCAUACGUUAGGAUUAGCUCUCUGGUCUAGUUUUGGAUGGAACCAUUCCUUACAGUGCGGGUACAUUUUUUGUUCUGUUGUUGUUAUUAUUGUGGAUAUAACUUCUCACCUCGGAUAUGUGUUGAUGAUUGUACAGUUGGCAUAAUGGUGAUUUUAUCAACGCUUGUUUAUUCAUUAGAAACCAUGCAAAUGUUGUAUUUUCCUUCCUUUAUGUUGAAAAUUUCAAAAUGGCUGCUCACCUGACACAAAAACUAGGACGUAAUCAGCUAUUUGUUAGUCUUCCCCCCCGCCUGCCUGCUCGACUUUAUUGGACCCCUUUGUUGGUUGAUAUUUUAACCGUCAUGUACCGUCACCUACUCGCUAUCAAACUAUGACACGUUAACGGCAACACUCACUCACUGUAAUGGACAGCAGCUCCACGGGCCUGGGGUCCUCUGUGCGUCGCCACCUGUCACAAUGUUACCACCGUCAUGCAGCGUUCAGAGGCGUCGGGAAAAUCUGAAUAUACAGAACAGCAGCUGUAGACGAAAGUCCGAGUCAGAAACUUGUCAGAGCUUUUCUGGGACGCUUUUAUUAACAACAUUGGCUUCUGCACUACGACAGCAUGUUCGGUUCAAAGGACAAGAGUGUUAUCUGUGAGGCUCAUGUUUUUCGGAGCUCCUUAAAACCUUAUCUUAACAUCCUGGAAAUUGUAUAAACCACAUGAUUUAAUGAAUAAUCAAGAAAAUAAACACAGUUGGUAAUAGUGGGUAGCAACUGCAUCAUAAGCCAGCACUCGUAAAGACGGAAAUACAGCAGGGCACUGGUUUCUCUUAUUCCGUGGCUCAAAUUUUCUGUCCUCUCUGUGUUUGAGUGAAGAAAGUCUUGUGUCCGUGUCUGUUGCCUUUACUUUUACAACGUGGACCACGAAACACACUUACUCUCGAUCCCGACUUCCGACUUUGAGAGGAAUGCAGCGGUAGCAUUACAAAUGAGCCUGGUCACUGUCGCCACAAACUGGUCAGGACUAACUAAAGCACACAAUGACGCCGAUGUCAUGAGAAGACAAUCAUGUUGUAUUCGUUUUUUUGUGUGUAACAAUGCCACAUGCUGUGCCAAAACCAAGUGAAUGAUGCCCUCCUUAUUGAAUCCCUGCUAGGGCUCUCAUUGAGACUCUGGCACUUGACUUAGUUAGUGCGUGUCGCUCGCAGACUCGUUCCACCGACACAUUAGCAGCUUUUAAGUGUUUUACCGCGGCUACCUAGUCACACGUACAACUUUAACCGCUUUUCUUUUGUUUUCUUUUGUUAUAGUACGACUCCCCGCAGACGGGAGGCCGUAUGUUAAAACAGUGACGUCAUGGUGCUAUGGUGGGUUGGGGAAAUGGCUGAUUGAACUGUAUCGUUAUCUACGUGCAGAGACAAACAUUAUCUGUUCACGUACCAGCCGACCACCCUCUAAUGAUGGCAUGCAUAGACACUAACACUCAAACACGCACACAUACUUACAGUAUACCUUUCACACACAUGCACAUACAUGUACAGUAUAUGCACACAUGCAUGUGCCUACAUUCACACAUAGGUCAGACCCCACCACUGUGACCAAACAGUGGGACUCGGAGGCCAAGUGAAAGUUGGCUGGCCCGAUACCUGAUUCAUCAUCAGCAAGGUACACUGAGGGAGCCGCUGAGAUUGUGAAAACGUAGCGCUUUAUCUGUUUUUUGUUUUUUUUAGCCGAUAUGUUCUCUUCUUUUUUUUUGUCGUUGUUUUGAAAGCUUCUCAAUGGUCUUGUUGUUUGCAAUGUGACAAAAAAUACAUUUGCUUUGUAUAUCUCGCUUUUUCAAGCUUCACACUACUCCUCAAAGCCGCAUGUGUUUAUUUUAUGUUUUUCUCUUUUCUGUGAAGUGAUGCCUUUUUAUCAAAGCAAUAGACUUGCUGCAGUGUUUGAAUGACCCGGACCUCACACACACACCUCACAAACUGUACAGACUCAAUACAAAUGCACAGACAAUCAGAGGGAGAGAGACGAAUGGGGGAACAGGCACCCAGACUCAGGCGGUCGGUCCGGUCGGGCCGGGCCAUGCUGAGCCACGGUCAUUUGGAAAAGUGACAUUGACUAUGUUUGCAUGCACCCCUCACCUCCACUGUGCUGUUGAACUCAUGUGAUACACUGAGCCUGCCAGUAAAAAAAAAAAAAAAACGAAAACAUUUGGUCAGUCAUUACAAGCAGGAGCGACUUACUCAACCAUAACAGACUGAUUUAUAGAAUUGGAUCAGUCCUAUAUUUUGUUAUUAGAUUGGUAUUCUGGCCUUUAACCACCAAACAAUCCCAGGAGCUAAACUCAGGAAGGAUUUUACGACCUAAAAGUCUUAUUAGUACACUUGUUGUAUUUCAACUGCAUCUGAAGAGCCGUACAAAUCUGAAUUCAACAUUAGCAAAUUAGACCUAAAAAUGGAUUAAAAUAAACAAUUGUUUGAUACUUUUUUAUGUAAUGAGAAAACUAAACUCAUCCAGUUGUCUUUUGUAAUUGACGAUUUCAUCACUGUUUACAGCUCUACAUUAGUCAUCAACCACACUGCUCUCUCGCUCUUACCUCUUUUUUGAAACUUUUUAGACUUUAACACUAGUCUCAGGAAUUGGGCUGCAUAGCUUUCUUUAAACAUCGACAAAAUCCCAUGCUCAGCCCCAGUAUGCUGGCACCAGCUGUAGCUUGCUUGCUUGCAGUCUGGUUGACAGUUGUACACACACACACACACACGUGCUGUAGCAGUUUGUAUGAUUGUGUUUGACCUGUCACUGACAUACAGUACUGUUAGCACCACAUACUACCUCAGCAGUGGGGGCCUUUUUGGAGGAUGCACACUGAGGCCUGGGAACCUAAACUGGAACUAGGUUCCUUAGGUCAAACAUUUUCCUGAGCGACUGUAAAUGUUUCUGGAUCCCCUCACAGGUAAAAGGCCACAAUGAGAGCUAAGACUAUUGCACAAAAUAAAAAAAGUGAGUAAUUUUAAAGCUGCAUUAAUUGAUUUUCUUAUUACCCACUAGGGGCAGAAUUCGACCAAAAACCAAAAAAUUAUUAUUCUAGGGCAUUCAUGUCCACCAGAGGUAAUGUGAGUCCAAUUUUUGUCUUGUUGUCAUUGUUUGAUUUCCACCGUUCCCCGGGGGAAACUUCCGACCUUUCAGAUAUCAGAAACAUCCUGAGUUAAUAAGAGCAGUGAGCUAUAAAACACUAAAUAUAGGCCUAUGUUGAGGUGUAGAGUUUGGUAACAGUUCUCUGUGGUCCUUUUCACAACAAAUGUUAAAAUAUUAUUGGUGGUGAGUUAGCUGCAGCAUUUCACACUUUUUCAUUGGAGCUCAUUAACUUAGCACCGCCCUCGGCUGUUUAACCUUCUGCUCACCAGCAUAUAUUCAGCACAAUUUCUUUGAGUGAGCCAUCUUUUCUUAACAUUUAGUCUGAAUCAAGGUUUAUGGAUCCCUUUCAUUCAGUGGACUUGUACAGACAAGACGAUUACUGUAACCAGGCUCUCUCCCUGCCUGCUUAUGGGUAGGGAGUAUAGUAUAGUAUAUAUAUAUAGAGUCAAAAAUUGAGAUACACGUACAUACUUUAAAGAUUAGACUGCUUUGUGGAUCUGAAGAACUUAAAUAUCCAGUCUAGAAUUUAACCUUGAAUUUGAUCGUAAAGUUAUCAUUAAGUUUUAGAGAUGAACUUUUUAGUUAGUAUGCCAUGUGUGUUCCAAAGUCACAACAUUUCAACUUAUUUCUCAUUAAAAUCUAAUUUUAGAAGUUUUAUUUAAUAUAAAACUAUAUGAAAGAAAUGGAUGGUUGGUUUCAGACACCAGAACCUCAGAUUAAAAUGAUUUAAAGUAACCUCAAAGUUGUAUUAACAAGUUUUAGUUGGCUGUUUGAUAUAAAACUCCACAAGAAGCUGAAACUCGCUUGUUUUACAAAUUGCGUCCUUGUAGAGUUGCUACAGGUUUAUAAACUAUUGGUUAUCCUCACUUAAAUCAGCCCCACUUUGUGUGUCUGCUGACCUGAUGACCUCAGUCUCCGGCUCUUUAGCUGCUCCAUUGUCGCUAACUUGAUGUCUGCUGUGUGUUGCUGGGUAGGAAGUGUUAGCUGAGCGUUUAGCUGAUAGCAGCAGCCCGUUCAAGGGCAUUUUCACACCUGAAAGUCCAGACCAUGGUCCGACCCAAUCUUAACAUUGUUUAGAUUUGAUCCGCUUAGUUUUGGUUUCACAUUAUUAUUGAAGGACAAAAGACUUUAGUGGGACAGAUGUAUGUCCUGUCGUCAUCGCCUACAUUGGCUGGGACUACCUUUACCUUGACGUUGGCAUGUUGUCAGUUAUAAAUUAGUAAAUAGAUGAACCAGUUCGCAUCAUAGUGUUCGUUGGAGCAUUAGUAUUAUUAUGGUAUUACCACCAGCAUUACCAACUCUAGGUGCAGUAUUCACACUAUUUCCAAUGCUGCCAAUGAAAGUUGUAGUCGGUCAAACAUUAUAUUGUUGGAGGUGAAGACUAAAAGCAAUCCUGCGAGCCCCUUACUCUUCUUUUCUUUUUGUAUUGUCUGACACUAUCUCAAUUUGCUGCAAUUGGUGCGAAAGUGCGAACCAUCCAAAAAAGAGCUUUCAUACUGCAAACAAACACUUGAUAUGGACUGAGACCACUGUGGUCCGAUCCUACCUUUGGUCCGUUGGUCUGGACCAUGGUCUGAGGAACCUUUCACACCUGUUGGUUUAGUCUGUGGGUCUGGAUCAAUGUGUGAAACCAUAAAACCAAAACAAUGAGCUGAAAGGUGCUAAAAAUGUUCUGUAGAGUUGAUGGGACACAUGAUAAUUCCCUGUGGGUCCGACAGUGGGGUGUGACCCCCUCACAUUACAGGUAGUCCUCAAAUAAGAACUAAUCAAAUGCAAUUAGUGCAGCUUUAACUCAAACCUAAACAAAAACCAGUGUAAACAGGACGAAACUAACUCGGUGUAGUCGACGUCUAUUACACAAUUGUGAUGUGUGUCUUGCACAGUGCGAACUGAAUGAGUGGCCCUGGGAAAACGGCUCAAAAUGACACGUACGUCACAUCAACAUCUUUACUUGAAUGGUCAUAUUCACGGGGGCUGUUGGUGCAUGUAAACAUAGUCAUCACUGACUGCUGGUUCAGAAAUGUUUACUGUUCCUGAGUAGGUGCCAGUACGCUCUUAUCUCUCCCACGAAUUGUUACUGUUAAAGUUACUCAGUUAUAAACUUAUAACGAGAGUUGCACCAUAGAAAAAGCUAUUUUACAGUACAAAGGAAAAAGGAUGUAUAUUUUCAGACUGCAGAUUUUUUUUUACAGAUGUUGUUAGCCUAAUAUGAGCAUACUGUUUUGCAUAGCGUUAAAAAAAAUGACGUCUUGCUCUCCAAUCCAUGUCCACGUCUACAAAAGAAUUAUGAGCAAGAUAAUAUGAAUCAUGAAAAAAAAAUUGCACUUUAAUUAGUGCAGCAUUAGUUCCACAAUAAAAAAUAAAUAAAAAAAGGUUAUUACUGUGUCUUGACUUCACUGUCAGUACAAAGCAGCACAGCUCCACACGAACACAGCUGAAGACAUCUUCCUGGUCAAAGUGGGACCAGCAUCGGAAAGACAAAAGUCAUCCACCGUCGACACAGAUUUCUCUCCUUGUGUGUUUCAGUGUCUUCUUAUUCAACUCAUCUGUUCAACACGUACAGGAAAACCGUGGCAGAAGGGAGGGAUUCAGUGUGUUUAGGUGCAGGAGUGAACCUGUGGGGUCAAACCACAAGGUGCACAAGGUUCUGUUGCUAAUUUGCUCUGUUGCAAUCUGCGUCUUACUGGAAACAUGGUCCAGUACUGCACUGUCCAGAUGUGGACGUUGCUUUGACGUCUGACGUGUGACGGCUCAUGGUUGACGAUGAUAGCGGCUAAUGUGAAUUGGCUCUUGAGAAUAAAGAUGGUUUUGAGAGAA